GAGAGGACUGAGUGGAGGAGAGCGAAGAUGAACAAAAAUAGUGUCCAAUGAGGUGAUGACACGUGGACAACCAACCGGCUAGAAUUUAAUCAAACAUUUCAUGAUAUCUUCUCCGGGUCCUGGCCUCACAAAAAUGGAAACAUGCUUUAGCUUUGAACUCCUUUAGCCAAAUAGUUGGACCAAAGAAAAAGAAUAUGAUGAUGGAGGCCAUUGCAAUAACACGUUUCUCUGCUUCAAGCACCCCACUUCUCAUCCGAUCUAUGGCUACCCAAAAACCAACUCCAUCAGCGGCCACAACUGUCACUUCUAAAAAGACAACAACUGUGUUUCCCUUAGGGGAAAAAGGUCCUAGGCCUAGCAAUUCUACAUCAACACCGGCAGUGAAGUUAUUGACAAGGGUGGAGCAAUUGAGGCUUCUAACUAAAGCAGAGAAAGCUGGUUUACUAUCAGCUGCUGAGAAAUCUGGACUUUCUUUGUCAACAAUUGAAAGACUUGGUCUUCUUUCCAAAGCUGAAGAGUUUGGGAUUCUUUCUGCAGCUACUGACCCUGGAACCCCAUCUGCGCUGUUUAGCUUGAGCUUGGGUUUGUUGGUUCUUGGUCCUGCUUGUGUGUAUCUGGUCCCUGAAGAUUACCCUUGGCAAAUUGGAGUGCAGGUUUUGGUUGCUCUGCUUUCUGUUGUUGGUGGCUCUGCUGCUUUUGGAGCCUCAAAUCUUGUGUCCAAUUUGCAGAAAUUAAAGUGAAAUGUAAGCUGUUAAAUACCAUCUCUGUUAGACAGAAAAUUUUCUGAUAGUAUAAAUGUUCUUUGGUCAGUCUUGAAUUUUAAUUUCUGUGAUAGAUUGGGAUGUGCACAUGCGAUUGAUUCCUGUAACCUUGAAAUUUUAGUUACUCUAUCUUGCAAUGUAGGAUACAUAUUGUCUUUC